AUGCUUAACUACAUCAAAGGAGACCUUUUCAACCACAGUUCCAUCAAAAAAGCAAUUCUUGCUCAUGCUUGUAACCCCCACGGAUCGUGGGGUGGUGGAAUCGCCGCUCAGUUCCGUAAACGCUACCCUGACGCUUACACCAAGUAUGCUGAACAUUGUAAGCAAAACGGACCCCUGCUUUUGGGUACAGCGUAUGUGAUUCCCGUGGAGGACAAGUAUGUGGCGUGUUUGUUCACUAGUAACUUUGAGAAUAGCACAGAGUUUGGGGGAUCUUGCUGGAAAAUUGGGGAGUUGGGGGAUGUGGAGGAAGACAAAACCGGCAGGCCGGUGGUGAACAUGCCCAAAAUCAACAGCGGUAUCUUCAAUGUUCCUUGGGAAGAAACUGAAAAGGCAUUGCUCGAUGCUGACAUUCUGGUCAAUGUCUAUGAGUUCUGA